AUGUCUCAGCUUGGCAGAGUCACUCUAUCACCUCCUCCGACACCUCCCAAAUCCACCUUGCCCGCUCGCUCGCCCGCCAAGUCUACCACUAAAGUUCCUCUCGUGCCACCAUUCAUCGUUCCCCCAGGCUGGACGACACGUCCCGGGAGCCCCAGUUUUGAAUACGAGUGGGAUGGUGUCGAUUCAGCGGGUCAAAAGAUUGCUCGAGGCUAUGGUCUUGCUCCGGGUCGACCAAUAUUGGAGGAUGACGAUGCCUCCACAAUGAUUUUCCAAUCUAGCGAUAAACUCUACAUCUGGGAUGUGCUUUAUCAUGAUGUGUAUGAAAUAGCAUCUCAGGACAUCAAUGAAGUCGUUCGUGUUCUGUCUCAGGAAGGAGGUUACAAGAAGCUGCAGACAAGCCUUCUUGAUCCAGUUGAAGAUAUUGCUGUCUGA